CUUUCCCUUACUAUAGCCACUCAUAAAGCAUUAUGCACAGGCUUAAUCAUUUCUACCUGUCUUCUCUUAUUCGUCACUUUUGUCACAGUAACAUAUUCGUACUAAUCGCCUAACAUGUGAAAAAAGAAUCCUUCUUAACUUUUUUUUUUUUUUAUUGUUUACUUUUUUUUCAUUAUACGGUAAAAUAUCACUUCAGGUUUACUGAAAAAUGUUCGUCAACCUCAGGGAUUGAAAAGUUAAUUAAGGACUUUCUUUACUAUCUUAGUGGAUAUUAUUAGAUAAUAAACAAACACCGUAUAAGUUGAUGUGAUGUUAAAUUUGAUACCUUCUGUGUCUAAAAUUGUCUUUCAUUCCUUGACACAUCUUGGAAGGAUCACAUGAUCAUGCAAUGAUUGCUAAUUUGAAAUAACUUCGUUCCAUAUAUGUUUCAAAUUAACUCUUUAUAAAGUUUCUGUUUCAUCAAAUUCAUGGAAAUCAGCGUAUCUUCUUUACCUCGAGAGGUUCUGAUUCGCAUAUUCGAAUAUCUGGAUAUUCGUCACCGGCUGAUUGUGGGGCAGGUAUGCAAAGAAUGGUUGGAUGCCACGAACUGCCGCCUUUUGUUGAAAGAUGUGAGCCUCUUUAUCUCUCCGAAAAACGAAGAAGCCGUGAAAGCCCUUCCCUGCAUGAUGAGGCAGUUCAAGUGUUUCACGUUUUACCAAGUCGCGAUCGACAGUUACUUCCUGCAGUUCUUGAAGCAUUUCAGUGAACAACUCAUCUCCCUGACCUUCAUCGACUGUCAACUCGACAAAUAUUAUUUUUACACUAAUCCCGAAGAAAAAAUACCCAGCUGUGACAACUUGCGAUUUUUGAAAAUUCGCGGUUGUGGCGCUUUCGCUCUGUUUGGGUCUCUUCGUAAUGUUACCACUCUGGAAAUCCUUUACUGUCUUGAUCUGACAGACCGGGAUAUACACGAACUGGACAAGUCCAUGCCUAAUUUAGUGACAUUUACGUUCGCCAAUCGUGUAGCGUGUGAUCCAAGAGCUUACAAACGAUUUUAUAUUAAAGGAAACUCCGUAGAAAAUGAACCAUCCGAUGCCAUCCUAUCUUUUCCUGCUAUCAGAAAUUUCAUAGCAAAAAGAAGUAAAACGCUGGUUUCGAUGGACUUUUCUAGAACAGGUUUGUCUCCGACUGCUGCAAUAGAAAUUUCCACCACCAAUAAUUUAAGAUUACAUACAAUGUUAUUUAGUUAUGAUUUAUCCGGUAGCCGUAUCGAAACAUUUUGCCGAAAUCAACCAACUUUAACUUCUCUUGAUCUUAGCACAGCUCUGAAUUUGACAGAUGAAAUUCUGAGUAAUAUUUGUCGAAUCCUGAUAAACCUUAGAGAAUUAGUCGUUGUAUUCAAGCACAAAAUCGACGUUAGCGUUAUAGAUAUUUUCAAAUUGAAACAUCUUCAAAAAUUAAACCUCAAUUUUUGUACUAAUAUAUCUCCAUUUAGUUUCCAGGCGGCAAUCUCUGAUUUGAAGUCAGUUACAGCUAAUUUGAAGUAUUUGAAUUUGGCCUUCACGAAGAUCAGUGAUGUGACUCUCAGGAAACUGCUAUCGCAUAAUCGAGAUAUCGAACAUUUAGAUUUAACUUUUACCGAUAUUUCGAAUACGACUCUCCACUUUAUAUCCAAAUCUCUCCCACGACUGAAAUGUUUGAUUAUAAAUAGCUGCAAGCGCAUAUACAAUUCCGGAUUGACUGGAGAGCACGAUUGUAACUCGGCGAUUUCGGAUUGUUCCUCCCCAGAAACUUGCGUGCCUCUUUCUAAUCUCAGAGAAUUAAGAACACUGGAUUUAAGCAAGAAUCCAUUAAUAACAAGUGAUGCGUGCGUCCAAUCCAUCCGAUUUAAAUAUUUGGAAGUCUUGAAACUGUAUGGUUGCCAGUGUUUGGAUUCUGCUGUUGGGCUCCAGAUAUUGCUGCAAAAUCCUUCUCUAAAAGAAUUUCAACUAGCAUAUGAUCUAGAUGAUUAACAUUUAUUUAUUUUCAUUAUCAUAUGCCAACAUGAUGCAAAUUUUUUUUAACAAAUCUAUGACGUUUCUAAAAUUAUGUAGACAACUACUCUUUGCAUUGGUUACCAGUCGGAAACUUGGAAAACUGCUUUUAUUUAUUAUAAUUUUUAAUUUGACUUUUCAAUUGGCAAUAUGUAAAAAGAAGUUUAUACUGUGAUAGUAUGCAGGAUGUCUCUGAAUUUAUGAGCCAAACUUUAAGGGUAGGUAAAAUUUGUAUAAAGAAGCAUUUUUUGUGAAGUAAUUGGUUGGGAAUCACAACCGUUGACCGAAAAAACAAGAUAUGCUGGGGAAAUGAAAAGAAAACUCUUUAUUUUCAUAAUAUUAAUUUUUAAAUGUACCACCACUAACAACGAUACAGGCCUAGCAGCAGCUUCUAGUAAGUGAUUGGCGUAGUCUUUCAAAGAUACCAAGUGCAUCACUUACAGCUGUAGCAGCAUUUGCAAAUGUUGCAAUUGAGGUCCUCAUCAGAGUCAAUUGAAAUCUCUUUAUAUUUUCCCGUCUUGCUUGUACUGUGUGUCUACCACGAGAACACUUCCAGACAAAUGUCUAUGUUUACGGUGGUCUCUGAAGAAACAAGUUAUUGCAGGAAGAGUUCAUUUCGCAUAGGUAGAAAUUCAUUCAAAUUUCUUAUAUUGGCUGAUUUAGCACCAAAUUGGCAAUAUUUGCUAUUAUUGCAUUUAAUUUUUAAAAACAAAUUCAAAAAAUAAUUUAUUAAGCUGAAAAUCAUUUGAAUAUUCGGAAUAUUGAAAAUAUCUGAUAUUCCUAUCAUAUGUAUGCAAAGAACAAUGCAAAUCAAAUAGAAAAACUAAAUAAUUAUUUAUAUGUCUAACGAUUGCACUAGAAGAAAAAUAUAAUUAAGAAAUCUAAAGUUGAACUUGAAUAUAAAUAGUGAGGGAUAUAGCGACAAAGGCUGUUAUCCCAUAGGAAAUCUAAAGUUGAAUCAUGCAUUACAAAAAAUGAAUCGUCUUUUUUGUUUUAAAUUUAUGUAAAUAUUUAAUAUAAAAUUCACCGAAGAAAAUGCGAGGUAAUCUGUCUACUUUAACAUAAAAACAAUAAUGUAAUUGAUCGUAAUUAUUUCGUAACUUUUAUAAAAGGUUGUUUAUAUUCUAAUAUAAAGUAAAAUGCUCAUUCUUAAAUAUCUUAAAACUUCCCGAAAUUUAUUUAUUUUUUCUGAAAUCUACACUAUUUUCCAAAAUAUAAAAUUAACAAUUACCAUAUUAUCAAUUUUUAGAUUUUUAAAAAAAUCUAACUUUGAUUUGUAACUUAUUUUCAAUAUGCACAAGCUUUCUGCAACAUAAUUAAUUUCUCAAAAUUUAUAUGCAAAAGUAUUCUGAAUUUGAAAAUAAUUCGUGUUCAUUAAGGCCCUUGCCAGAGGUCCCAAACUUAAAGAAAAACCCAAAUAAAUAAACGCAACAUCGUUGUACAUUAUUUACCGAAAAAAAAAUGUGAAAGUUUGUUUUAAGAUAGUAUUCCAGAUGACCAUUUAUUAAUUUUCCCCGGCUUGAAAAAAAAAAAAAAAAAAUCGAAUUAUUUUAAAUAAAACUUUUUCUCACGAACUGUCAUUUCAAAUAAUAUUGUGAUAAAUGAGCUUUUCUUUUCAAUGUAUAUCAGUAGUCAUGAGCAGUAAAGGAUCCUGCAUUCAUUUCAUCAUUUGGGGUUGAAAAUUCUUCACGCCCAAUGUCGCUUCAAAUUGACGCCAAGAAAAGAUAUAACCCUCAGACUUCCAUCCGAUUCCUCCUAUUCAAAAUGAAUCUUCCCUACAAAAACCUGUUUCUAUAAGGUUUACCUUAAACAUAGACAUUUGUCUGGAAUCGUUCUCGUGGUGGACACAGUACUUACACUUAUUUGUUCUGCCCAUACUUUUCAUUUCCUGCCUGAAAAAAAGUAGAAACAAAAUGCUUUACAAAAAAAAAAAAAAAAUGCUUCCUUAUAUGUAUGUGUUUUACCUAUUCUUAAAAUUUUGCCCAUGAAUUCAGAAACGCCUUCUAACUGUAAAAUGAGGUGAAAAUUUGAAUACAAGAGCAUAAUCUUCCAUUCAUAUCAUGCAUGCAGAUUCUAUUAGUUAGAUGUGAAAACUAGCUGCCCCUAACGUCAUCUGGUGAUAAACCGAGAAAUUGGACAGCACAUAUGUGCAAGACACUAUUAUGGCAUCUUUUAUUUUAUCCGCAUCGUAAUCAGAUCCCACGUGUAGGGUCUGGAUUCUACGAUUCCAGACUAUUUUGCACUAAAUCUACUAUGAUAGUAGAAUAUUAUAUAAAAUAAUAUUAAUGCAAAAUAAAUUAAUAAAUGUCGUUGUUUAUUUGAAGAUUUUGCCUUCAUCAGACCCCCUAUUCUUAUUCAGAUAUACUUCGCAGACAAGAAAUGUGAAGUUGGGAGGAGAAGGGGGACUUUUAAUCGUUCUUGAUACUAAAAAGUGAUAACAUGCUGAGAUAAAUUUAUUUCAGUUCAGCUGCCCGCAGUUAAAGGCUUUUGCUGUGAUUCAUUUGAAUAGGAUUAUAUUAUUAUUUUUGCAACCAGUAAUAUUUAAUUUUGAAAAGGCAGUAACUGUGAAGAAUAAUUUUAAAAGAAAUUUCGACAAAUUCACUAUUGCAGCAUUAAACUCAAUGCAUCAUUUUUCCUUGUGGCAGACUGCAUGAUCAGAUGAUCAUGCAAUAGUUUAGUUAAUCCUUUCGGCCCCAAUGGCUGUCCUACAGAUCAGACUUUAUUUCCUAUCGGGCAGAUAAAUCCUACUUUUACAUGUGCUGUCGUAGAAAGAACCAUUUUUAAGUGGGGUUUAAAAUUUUAUUAUCAUGCGAAAGAAUUAAAAAAGGCCUAGCAACUGCUAAAUCAUGUUUACGAAGGUGUAAAGUGCAUGUUUUUAAGAAUAGAGUACAACCUGAUUGUGGUUCAACAUCAUUAGGAAUUCCAUGUCCUCAUGUUAAGAUAUCAAUAAUCUAUUAAAUUUUUUAAAGCAACAUAUAUAUAUAUUUGAAAAACGUUAAAAAAAAUCUAUAUGUCAAAAGUCCCUUUUUUGUGUAUGUUUUCCGGAGUAUUUUUUCGUCUUGGUUUUAAAAAAGUUGUAAGAAAUACUUUUAUUUUUAAUUUCUUGAUAGUAGUGGAAAUUGUAAGUUUAGAAUUUAUUUCAACAUUUGCUUUUACUCUCGUGUUUCUACUUAAAUGAAGGAAAUGUUUCAAAAGAAAGAAAAUAAAUUAUAUUGCAAAAUAAAUGGCGACUUCGAAUAAUCAGAUUUGAAAAAAUUUCUGCGCGUCACAAAUGUCUCUUUUUUUUUUUUUUUUUUUUCUUUUUUUUUUUCCCUGAAGCUUGUGUCGUAUUUCGAAGACCACCUCUUUGAGAUUCGAAUCCAGUACGGAUUCUAGUUCCUAAGCGGUUCUUAACCGAAUGCCUUCAGUCAAUGACAGCAAUUCCUUUAAUGCGGUUUAAGAGAUUGAAGUUGCUAACUCAAUUACCAUCCUCAUCAUUAUAUCACACUUCAAUUUCCAGUUUUAAACAGUGUUUGUGCAAUUUCAAAAAGAGGCCGAAACUGAUUCAUUAUAACACCAUGUCAUAUUUUGUAUGCCGAAAUAUGAAAAAUGAACCCUGCAACACAUAUUUUUCCUUUUGCUUUUUUUUUUAAAUCUAGAAAUAACUUUUCGAGAUACGUACAGUUAUCAGAUUAAUGUGAAUAAAAGUGACGUUUAAGAAUGCAUUUCAUAAUCAUUAAUGAGUAGGUGCAUUGCUGGCCGUAGAAUAGCAUGGAUUGUGUGCUUUCAUUGUGCAUCAGUUCAGUCUAAAUAUAAAACGAUUGGCAAGUUCCACUCCUUCUUCUUUUUAUGAAAGUCUGUUAAAUAAAAUUUUAAAAGUUGUAAAA